GUUUUGGUGGUUCGCCUAGGUCAAAACACACCCGACUGAACGCCUACAAGUUGGAGGACCCAAUGGUGAAGAGAGAUUAUCAACAAAAGCUUCGCGAAAAGCUCCCUCUCUCUCACACUCUGGAUGUUGAUCAACACUGGUCAAGUCUCCAGCAAGCCUUAUUGUCGGCCGGUUUGUCCAGCUGUGGCCUCACUCGCUCCACUCCCAAAUGCUGGAUCUCGGGAAGAUCAUCAGAAUUGCUGGAUCGUCGACGGGCGGUGCCUGCUGGCGCAGAGUACAACGAACACCGCCGGUCUAUUACGCAACAGCUGAAAGCAAGCCUUCGCUCUGAUCGUGAAUCUUGGUGGUCAAAACAAGCUGGUGAGAUGGAAGCCGCUGCAUCAGCUGGCAACUUCCGCCUUCUGUUUUACAUCAUCAGGGCCACUGGUUGCAAUUUCCACGCUAUCAGCCAGACGAUUUGCGAGGCAGACGGCACGAAGAUCAUCAACCUUCGCAGACGAUUGGGUCGCUGGUCAGAGCAUUUCGCUCUUCAAUUCAACCACCCAACACAGUCCCCUGCGACACCUCCUGCCCCAAUGUAUGAUGCUUGGCCUGUCUCCACAGCCCCCCCAAAUGAAGCAGAGAUUCGAAAUGUAGUCCAAUCUUUGAAACGCCACAAAGCUUCGGGUCCCGACAACCUACCACCAGCUCUAUUCAAAGAUGGUGGGAGUGUACUUAUCAGCGAAAUCCUAUCGCUGUUCACGAAAGUUUGGACUGAGGAGAAGGUUCCGAGCUCAUGGGGAGAAUCGGUCAUUGUCCCGAUUCACAAGAAGGGUUCCCGCGCCGAUUGCUGCAACUACCGCGGAAUCUCCCUAAUCUCUGUCGCAUCCAAAAUCUUCGUGUCGGUCCUACUUGGCAGGCUUUCAACGACUAGAGAGGAGUUUUCCCGAGAAGAACAAGCUGGAUUUCGUCCAGGCCGUGGCUGCAUCGACCAAAUCUUCACGCUUCGGCAAGUUCUCGAACUUCGUCACAUCCACCGGCGGCCAACAAUCGUAGUGUUUUUGGACAUCCGAGCGGCAUUUGAUUCAGUAGAUAGAUCUGCGUUGUGGAACUGUUUACUGAAGAAAGGUGUGCCCGACAAAUUUGUGACCAUCCUGAAAGUACUUUACAGUCACACGUCGGGCAAAGUUAGGGCUUACGGCACGCACUCCUCUUCAUUCGCUGUGACCAGCGGUGUUCGCCAAGGUUGCCCUAUUUCACCUUUCCUCUUCAAUUUCGCCAUCGAAGAUGUUCUCCAAAGAGCACUGGAAGGUGUCCAGGACUGCGGUGUUGAACUUCUCCCUGGAGACAGACUCACGGACUUGGACUACGCCGAUGAUAUCGCCUUGCUGGGGGACGACCCACAUUCCGUCCAGAACGCUCUGGACCGCUUGGCGAUGGAGGCGUCUAAGUACGGCCUGUGCUUCACUCCGGGAAAAUGUAAAACGCUGCUCCAGGAUUGGCAGGUGCCUGAACCCGCGCUCACCAUUGCUGGACAUGUUCUGGAGCAAGUCCCUUGCUUCACUUACCUAGGGAGUUGCAUCACGGCUGGUGGCGGUGUUGGAGAUGAAGUCUCACAACGGAUUGCAAAGGCCCGCCUUGCAUUCAUCAAACUGAGACAUCUAUGGCGUCGUCGUGAUGUCAGUCUCAAGCUCAAGGGCAGGGUGUACAAUGCUUCCGUCCGUGCAGUACUCUUGUACGGCUGUGAGACUUGGCCUAUUCGCUCGGAAGAUAUGAAGCGGCUAUCAGUCUUUGAUAAUCGCUGUCUACGAAGGAUUGCUAGGGUGUGGUGGCAACACCACGUAAGCAACGCAGAGGUGAGAGACCGCGUGCUUGGGGCGAAUAGUGCCAGUCUUCAAGAUGUUAUUCUCCGACAUCGCAUGCGCUGGCUCGGGCAUGUUCUGCGCAUGCCAGCCCAUCGCCUUCCACGUCGAGCGCUAUUUGCACUCCCAGGGAGCGAUUGGAAAAAGUGCCGCGGUGGACAGCCGAUGACGUGGAGAAGGAGUAUGAAGAAGGCGACCUCAAGUUUGGCAGCAGUCGGACCAGUCCGCCUUCCAGGUUGGGGACCACGAGAUGCUGAAUUGCAGUGGUUGGAAACAUUGGACGUCAUGGCCCGCAACAGACAUCAGUGGCGGCAAUGUUGUUCCGCAAUUUCACCAUCCCUUUGAUACACACAAAAACUCACAAAACAAAACAAAAAAAAUACAAAAUGGCGUGUGUAAAACCAAAAAAAUUCGUUUCCCAUAUUUUUUUAAUCGCAUUAGUGUCCCCAUCUUCUUCACCUUUUUCUUCUGCCAUGGUUCUGAUGGCACAAUGUCUGUUAACAGACUGUGAAUAUAUAUAUAUAUAUAUAUA